AUGAAUUGGGUACUAAGGUUUGCACUUAUGACUUUUUAUUUCUUUGGUGCAGAUUCCAGAGGACUGUGUGAUAACAGAGAGCAUGGAUGUUGUUCAGGUCAAGUGUGGAACGAAACGCUGGAAAUAUGUACAGAUUGUACAGCAGGAUACACAGGCAGGUUCUGCGAUAUCAGAUGUCAAUAUCCUUACUAUGGAAUGCAGUGUCUUCUAACGUGUAAUCCUCCCCACAGUAGAGACCACUAUGAUUUCAAAACAGGGUGUGUUCACAAAGAAUUCACAGUACUCUUUACAUCACCAGCAACGGAUUACUCAACGGUAAUGCAAAGAACAGACUCAGAUAAUUCUACGACUAAACCAAUAGGUAAUUGUGUUCUUAUCUAAGCAUUAUGUUCCUUAUUUUGAUGGGGACCUGUAUUUAUGCAAUGUAUGAUACCAUGCAUACAACGGAAUAUAUUGGGUCAAAUGCUGUCUGACGUGUUUCAUACCGAUUGUUAAGCCGUUCUUGGCACACUGAUUUGACUGCGGAUAACUCCGUUUACCUGAUCAGGAUAUGGGGCUCACGGCGGGUGUGACCGGUCAACAGGGGAUGCUUACUCCUCCUAGGCACCUGAUCCCACCUCUGGUGUGUCCAGGGGUCCGUGUUUGCCCAACUAUAUAUUUUGUAUUGCUUGUAGGAGUUAUGAGAUUGAUCACUGUUCGUUAUUUUCACCUUGCAUACACACGCGUAGAAAAAAAUAUAUGUACUCUAAAAUAAGCACAUAUACACUAGUCAGUAAUUAAAGACAAUUUUAUGUCUAUUGUUUGAAAAUGAUAGUAUUGUACCCAUCAAUUUCUGGCAAGGGGACAAUGAUUCAACAUACCACUAUUUCAAAUCUCUUGAGCUCUUUUUGUGCUCAGUAUCAACGAUUUGUAUUAUGUAUGUAUCAAUAUAUUACACAUCCAUUUUAUCAUUGGUUUAAUAGUAAUUGAAGUAUAACAUUACAUUGCAUCACAUUUUCGAUAAAAACACGAACCAUCUCUAUAUUGUGGAAUGUGGGAAUAAAGUAUCAAUGUAUAUGUUGUUUGUCAUAGUUGGGUAAGGAAAUCAGUGGAAGGAUUUGGAAUACUUUCGGCAUUCACUAAUGAUACAAUCACUCCGUACUUCCAUUGUAUCCUCGUCAUACAAACCACAUCGAACUGCUUCCUUCGAUAACUUGUAAUUUAAUGGUCGUCAAAUGCAUGCAAGCUUGGUAAGUCUUACUUAUACAGAGCUCCAUUACAUGUGCAUGUUACAUUGCCAUCAGUCACAUGAACCUUACUUGUCGGGCGGAAUUCUUUGUCUUUAUAAUAAUCAAUCGGGAUAAAGAAACUUUGCUUCAACUGGUAUCGUUGUGACCUCUACUCAUGAUAUGGAGGAUGCCAUUUCAUUUAUUUUAUUUCAAUAUUUUAUUCAUUUGUUACUUUAGAUCUCAUACAUUUUUUUAAUAUUUAUAUCAGAUCUCUUUUUUUAAACUGUUAUACUUU